CCUAGACAAGUAAGUUGAGAUUGAACUGGUAACCCUGACCAGCUGUGACUGACCAGGUAAACUAGACCAAAUGAGACCAAGUUAGACUUACUAGGCAACCUAGACCACGUAAGACUGAGCAAGUUAGACUGACCAGGUGAGACUGACCAUAUAAGCUAGACCAGGUAAGAUGACCAGGUGACAGUGACCAUCAUGUCAAAUGAACUAUGACCAAUAGAGACCUGGUUUUCAGGCUAUGAGGUGUCUUUGUCCUCAGGUGGACCUUCAAUUUCUGGACGAGGUGAUCUCAGGUGGAGCUGACCCAAACUGCUCGGACAGAUAUGGACAAACUGUCCUCCAUGAGGUGUCCAGAGCUUGGAGUGUGGAUGUCAUGCGGUUCUUCUUGGACCGGGGAGCAGACCUACACUGCUCAGAUCAGUUUGGAGUUACAGCGCUGCAUGUGGCCUCAGCUCUGGACUACGAGGACAUGGUCAGGUUUCUGCUGGAGCAAAAAGCUGAUCCAGGCGCUCAGACUCUUCUGGACAAACAGACCCCCCUUCACUAUGCUACCAAGAACGACGCUGUGGGAUCCAUCAGGCUGCUGCUGCAGGCGGGAGCCUCCAUCAGCUGCACUGACUACAGGCAGAGGACGCCGCUGCAGCUCGCCGCCAUCAUGGAGCGCAGUGAGGCAGCUCAGGUCCUGCUGGAGCUUGGAGCUGACGCUGCGGUGCAGGACUGUGAUGGACAGCUGUGCAUCACUGCUCUGAUUGGUCGGAUGAGUCAUGUGGCCCAGGUGGCGCUGCGUCAGUUCCAUGUGAUGGACAGAGUGACAAGGCAACAGUAUUUCUACCUGAAUCUGCUGGAACCAGAAGGGGCAGGAACCAGUGAGCCAACAACCCCUCUGCAGGUUGUGGUUCUGGACGGCAAACUGGACCUCAUCAUGAAUCCUGUCUUUCUCAAACUCAUUCAGAUCAAGUGGAAACUUUACGGAAGGCUGGGGGCGUGGCUUCUCCUGGUCCUCAACCUCCUGCUCAACGUCUCUUGGACAGCUGCUGCUAUCUCCAUGUCUGCCAGUCAGGACUCGUCCGACCGCUACAUCUUUCCACAGGAUUGGUGGCGGGUUCUUCUUGUGGUUCUGGCCCUUCUGCUCACCCUGGAGGAGGUGUGCAGGGAGAUCCAGGACAUCAUGUCCUCCAGGAAGAAGCUCCUUUUGCGGAAGAGAUGGAUGGAGCACCGUUUGCAGGAUGAUCUGCGAUGCUCACAUCCUAUGUGGCCCCAGGAGAGGCAGUAUCUACUGAGAGAGACCAGGAGGAUCCACAGGAUGAGGGGCACCUACAGCCGAGACCUCUGGAACAUCUUUGAUUGGCUGGUUUACUGCCUGCUGACGGCAUCCUUCAGUGUUCACCUGGCUGACGUGCUGAAGCCGUCCAACCGCAUGCAUGCGCUCAGUCUGCGCCUCUUCUCCAUUUCUAUCAUCUUCCUGUGGCUGCGAAUCAUGAAACACGUACGAGCGUUCAGGCUGAUGGGCCCGUUCAUCGUCAUGUUGGGGAACAUUGUGGGGGAUGUGAUGCGUUUCCUGUUCCUGUAUGCUGAGAUCUUCAUCCCCUACGCCUGCAGCUUCUGGAUCAUAUUUGGAGGAACGGCCUCGGUUCCCAGCAUGCAGUCUGUUUCAGGUCUUCUCUACAGCCUCUACCGGAUCACUCUGGUGGAUGAGUACGAGUAUGCUGCCAUGGUAACAGUGGACAGCAUCAUGGCUCCUCUGCUGUGUGGAACGUUCCUGGCAGCGUCCUCCAUCUUGUGUAUUAACUUGCUGAUUGCACUACUAACCGACACCUUCCAGAGGGUUCACGAUAACUCGCAGGCUAACGCUGUGAUGCAGCAGGCCACCGUCAUCCUGCAGGUGGAAGAGUCCAUGCCCCGCCUCCGCCGUCUCUAUGACAACCACUACAUCUCCAAGCACUGCUCUCCUCUGGGCGAGACCUGCGCCAUCAUCACAGAGACUCUGGGCCAGUUCCUGGUCCUUCAGGGGGAUACAGAGACGAGCAGACCUUCAAGAAUCCAGAUGGGUCAGAACCAGCAGAACCACCAGCCUCAGGUCCAGGAGAACCCAGACCAUCAAGACCCGCCGAUACAGGAGCUACUGAAACCAAAGAACCAGCAGGAUCCCAGGGACCUUCAGGAGGAGCUUCAGGCCAUCCAUGCAGAGCUGAGGGAGCUUCGAUCGGUGCUCCAGCAGCUGGUUCAGAUCAGGAAGGACUUUAUUUAG